AUGCAAGGUGCUAUCUUACUCGCCAAAGAAAACAAGGAUUUACGCGCCGCCAACGAGAAGCAGAAGCAAAAGCGUACUAGAUCCCGGAGGCAGAUACCUACUGAAGAAGGCCUCUCAGUUCAAGAAGCUUCUCAAUUGAUUACUGAGCCGGUGGAAGCAAUUGAAGUACCUCCUCUCCCUCCACGAAGAAGCCCUUCGCCGGCUUUACAACCACGUACGCGGGCCCCGCCAAAGUGUAGUGGUUGUGGAGAAAUAGGACAUAAGAUUAAUCGAUGCCUAGCUAGAUAG